CGGACAUGUAGAAAGAGAAAGAGAAGGUGAUGGUGAUGGUGCUGGGCUCAAUUGGAAAGAGCAGGGGGGGUGUAGUUCUAGUCAUUGUAGUCAGAUGAUGCUAAUUAUGUUUCUUUUUAUUGAAAUCGAGCUUACUAAGAUAUUGGUAUUGUCUUUUCCGUUGACUGCUUCAAAAGCCUUUGAAUCGGUUUUUUUUUUUCCCGUUUGAAUUCCUACUUUUUGCUUGUUUUUCGAAUGUUAAACCCGUUUUGGAAACUCACUUAUCUAGUUGUUUUCAUUGGAAUUACAGUAUUUCUUUAUAAACCUCGAAGAAUGUCCACUAGUCCAGAUAAUCUUGAUGUCAUAUGCGCUCUGUUAGAUGGUAAUGACCGUAUAGAGUACCAGGAGAAGCUUGAGCAGUUAAAGAAGGAGUCCCUGGAGUUCUGGGAGUUCGAGACUGUACCGUAUGUAUUCAAACAAUCGGCGACCGACACUGAUGACACCAAGUUUGAUUACUUGAGAGAUCACUUUGGUAAAUUGAAGCCCUGGAAAGAGAUUUUGGAUCAACUCGAAAAGUUGAAUGAUGAUUCUGGAGAAGAUGAGGUGUACAAAUUGGCCUUUUUAGCCCGUCACGGUCAAGGUUACCAUAACCAAGCGCAUGCUAAGUAUGGGAACGACGCUUGGAAUGAUUAUUGGUCUAAGAUUAAUGGCGACGGGGAACUUGUUUGGGGGCCCGAUCCUGAAUUGACUCACUUGGGGGUUAGCCAGGCCGUUGAAAACCAUGACCAAUGGGAAAUCGAAUUGAGGGACGAGAGUAAAAUCUUACCCCAUAAAUGGUAUUCUUCUCCUUUCACAAGAUCAAUUGAUACUUUAAUUGGUACUUGGAAUGGUAUUGUGGAUUUGAAACAGGUUCAACCGCUUGUGCUAGAAGAUUUACGUGAAACCAUCGGAAUCCAUACUUGUGAUAAAAGAUCAACAAAGUCGAUAAUUGCUUCCAAAUACCAAUCAAAAGGUUUUGUAUUGGAAGAAGGUUUUGAAGAAGAAGACAUAUAUUGGAAAUCUGAUGUUCGUGAGCUGAUUGCUGAACAAGCUAUAAGAAUAAAUCGUUCUUUCCAAAAUAUUUUCACUUCAACGUCGAAAAAUGAUUCAAUCAUUAGUAUCACCAGUCAUUCUGGAAGUAUUAGAGCCCAGUUAUUAGUAUUGGGUCAUAGAAGCUUUGCUGUUGGUACUGGCGGUAUGAUUCCAGUAUUUAUCAAAGCCAAAAAGAAAAUCUAAUCUACAAGC